AUUGUAUUAGUUUGUUUUGUUUAUAUUAUUAAAAAAAAACUCUUGUUUGUAACGUAGAGUAUAAAACAUAAAUUAAACAAAAAAAAAAAAACGAAACAUUUGCUACUUACCGAUUACUACCUUCAAGUGAUGAACUUCGGUUCUCAGUACUCUCGCAAUGGAUAACUACGAGGAAGAAACUUCAGACAGUGGUGGAGAAUUCGCUUUUGAAACUGACCACCUUGCUUUGAGGGGGAACAAAGAUUACAGUGAAUUAUUGAAGUAUAUUGUGAAAUUGGAAGCCCAAAAAGUGCAAGCUCUUAAAGAUAUUGAAGGAUUGAAUGAGUCAAAAAUUAAAGCCUUAGAUGAUCCUAUAUCAUUUGUUCAAAGUUUGAAAUCUGGAAAUUUAAAGUUUCCACCUCGACAAGUCAUAUCUGAUAUACCAAGAAUAGACUGGGAAAAGUAUGGUAUUGAUAUAUCCCUAGAAUCGGAAAAGAGUAAAAGAGCUAAAGAUGAAAUGGAAUCUGGCAUGAAAGUCAGGGGUCGGACAUUCACGGACAAUAAACCUGAGACAUUCAACCAGCUUUGGUCAUGUGAGGAACAGAAAAGGUUAGAAGAAUUAUUGGAAAUUUAUCCAGAAGAACCAAUAGAAGCUAGGAGAUAUAAAAAAAUUGCUGAAGCUCUAGGCACAAGAACACCUCUGCAGGUUAUGAGUAGAAUACAGAAAUAUUUUGCUAAACUUGCAAAAGCUGGCUUACCCGUCCCUGGAAGAGCUCCAAAAUAUGUUGGAAAGGACAAGCAUAAAAGUAUGUUGUAUAAGAAAUCAACAUUCUUUCCAAAAUUGCAUGUUCCAGUUAAGAUGGAAGACCCCAAUGAUGAUAGUGAGGGUCCAGACACAGUGUCUUUAGAAACUAGGACUGGAAAUAGUCUUAUGUUGGAUCUUUUGAAAGCUGCAAAAGUACAGAGAUUGUUAGAUGAAACAGCACCGGUAUAUCAAACAAAGACAAUGUGUGUGGGUUGUCAAAAGGUUGGCUUUCUUGGGGCAAGGUGGACUGAUAAUGCAGGGACCGACUAUUGCACUGACUGUUUAGUGAAGCUGUUACCAGCUGAAAAAUUGACACCUAUCAGACAUCCAAUUUGAAUAAAGCAUUAGUUUUAUGUUUCA